ACUGGUCGCCCGACGAGCCAGAGCCCAGAGGUGAGGAUUGAGUAAGGACUGGGGGACCCAGCAAACAAAUUUGGUGCCUUCAUCCGUCCUGAGUCUGCUCUUCUUCUUCUGUCAGUUCGGUCACAAAAGUCGUCGAAGAAGAUGCCGACCAAGUUGGAGCAAUGCAUCUUAGAUCUGUACAACAUCGGGGUGGUGAAAUUCGGCGACUUCACCCUCAAGAGCGGCAUGCAGUCGCCGGUCUACUUCGACUUGAGGAUAAUUAUAUCGUACCCUAAGUUAAUGGAGACUGUCGCAGAAUUAAUGUGGGGAGCACGACCAUGUAAAGAAUAUGAACUGGUGUGUGGUGUUGCCUACACCGGUCUCCCAAUUGCAACUGUCAUUUCUACUAAACAGGACAUUCCAAUGUUGAUUCGCCGGAAGGAGACAAAGGGUUACGGGACCAAGAAGUUAGUGGAAGGUAACUUCACAGAGGGGCAGACAUGUCUCAUGAUUGAGGAUGUUAUUGUGUCUGGGAGUUCCGUCUAUGAGACCGCUGAGACUUUGAGAGAACUAGAACUUGAUAUAAAAGAUGCAGUCGUGUUCCUAGACAGAGAGCAAGGGGGUGCUGGUAAUCUAAGGUCCAUGGAUAUUAAUGUUGUGUCUGUUACUUCAAUGACAGAGAUGAUGUCCAUUUUACUCAAACACGGCUGUGUGACACAGGAAAUUUCUGAUUCUGUCCUCGAGUUUGUGAAAUCUAAUACAGCCACAUCUAUAGUCUCAAAGAACAGGACAGCGUGCAAUAUUGGAACUGAUGUGAUGGAUAGAAAGAAAUGCUCCUUGGAGUUGCGUAUGUCAACAACUAGUCAGCCAUUGACUAAGAGGCUUUUUGAAAUCAUGAUUGCUAAGAAAUCUAACCUAUGUGUGGCAGCAGAUGUGACAACUUCGGAGGAGCUCCUAACCCUGGCAGAGAAGCUUGGACCUCAUGUCUGCUUGUUGAAGACUCACAUCGACAUUCUCACUGAUUUCAGCAAAGAUACAGUGGAAAAUCUGAAGAAUCUCGCUGCCAAACACAACUUCUUGAUCUUUGAGGACAGAAAAUUUGGAGACAUUGGAAACACUGUAGCUAACCAGUAUAUUGGGGGAGCGUACAACAUUGUUGACUGGGCCGAUUUAGUGACUGCUCACGGUCUUCCAGGAGAUGGAAUCAUUAAGGGUUUGAUGUCAUGCACCAGCGGACGACCUCGUGGCUGUGUUCUGGUGUCCCAAAUGAGCUCCACAGGUGCCCUAACAACCCAGGAAUAUGUCAGUGGUUGUAAAAAAAUUGCUGAGCAGAAUCAGUACUUCGUUGUUGGCUUUGUAUCUCAGAGUAGUGUCACUGAUGAUCCGAGGUUUGUGGUGUUCACACCUGGGGUUCAGUACAAUAAAAAAGGAGAUGAUCUUGGGCAACAGUAUAAUACUCCCCGAGUGGCCAUCAUGGAGAAAGGUGCCGACAUCAUCAUCGUUGGGAGAGGAAUCACUCAAGCUGAUGAUCCAGUAGCUGCUGCAGUUAGGUAUAAAGAAGAUGGCUUUGAAGCUUACUUGGAAAGAGUUUCGGAACAGAACUGAAAAGUGCUUUAUGAGGGCAGUAUUGUACUCAGUGACAGGAAUUUUUAAUUCAUUAAAAUCUCCUGGGAACAGCUCAGGACUUUACCAUGUGGGCACAAACUAUUUUGCAAAUGAAUUUGAAUUAUAAAUGUCCCUUUCCAUGGCACAUAGAAAGUUUGUAAUUUAGAACAGUCAAGUACUUUUGUAGUGAAGGUUUGACCACUUAAUGAUCUGUACGAGUUUUUUGUAAUUUUGAUAACCGAAUAUUCAGCAAGAUUCUCAAAUAUGUCACACACGUGGCUCAAAGAACUGUGGACUUUCAUUACUGUAUUGUAAAUAUUGUGACAAAAAGUUAUAUAAAUAUCCCAGAAAUAUUAUUUGGUUUUUAGGUAGGUAAAGGUAGUUAUUUUUGUAUGACUUGUUCUUUACGUUAUCAUUUGCUUAUAUUUUGUCCAGUUGUCGUAGAUUGCAAGUUUUUUAAGGUGCUGCAAUCAUCCAGUACACAGGUACAAUGUCUGCGCAUUUCCAUUAUUUUUGUAUUGAACAUGUUUUUAAUAUGCAUUUUUCAACAUUCCAUUGCUCAAAGUUAUUUGGGAGUACAAGAAAUGUGAUGAUUUUGAAAGUUCCUUCCCCCUUGCUGGUCUUUUCUUUUGUCUUGACUCUCCUGGUUCUCUGUUGUUAAUGUCACAAGGCUUAUAGAUUCAGGUUAAUCUUAGUCUGAUAUUAUUAGAGUGCUUGAUUUGAAAUAUUGGAGGGGCACUGUAAUUUUGGAAAUCUCUUCAUUUUAGCUCUUGUUAGUUGUACGUUAACUCUUUAGGAAUUGGGAUUAUAGUAAAGAUCAGAUUGCAAUGCUUUGAUGGAAAUUAUAGUGAUUGGAUAGUAGUAUAUUUAGAAAUUUUUAUGCUAUAGGAUGGAAUAUAGUUAGGCCAAGGGCCAAGCACUGGGUCCUUUGAGGUCAUUCAGCACUGGAAAGGAAAUCGAGAGUAGGUACGUAUAUUUGAAAGGUGUAACAGGAGGAGAACCUCACAGUUUUACUACUAUUAAUAUGAAGUGAUGUUGAGAGGGUGGAUAGCGAGAUGGAUGAAAUAUGUUGUUGUUUGGUAGAGAUAUUACUUAAUCAGCUCAGAACAUCUGUUUAGCAAGACAAGAAAUUUAGGUUGAAGGUAAUUUAGUAAUUGAGAGAACAGUAAACACAGUAUCUUUGACAAAUCUGACAAGUUCUCUCUUCCUUUUGAAAUAGAUUAGUAAUGGAUUUGGCAUUUCCAAGACUAACCAGGUGUUAAGUUUUGAAAAAAAGUUUAGAUUUCAUUUGCAUGUCACAAAACAGCACUGUAAUCUUUAAGAAUAGUUUUAGCUGUGAAGUUAGUAAUGCUAAGAGAAUUUUACCAGUGUACAGUAUCAUCUUUUUAGUUUUAAGGCUCUAAUAAACCAGUAUUGUGUAAAAUUUGGGAAAAUUUUAAUAAAUUAACAGUAUUUCAGGAUGUAGUCUUUACAGUAUUAAACCUUGCUUAUUUUGAAAGUAUGUCCUUGCAUGUGAAUCGUUUAGUUUUCCCGACACGAAUAUUAGGGCUUUUGAUGAAAAGACUACAAAAUCAUCCCAGUCAUGGGCCAUGCUAAAUGGAUCCUGGCAGCGUAAGUGAUUGCUUGUGAAGGAUUCCUUUUCAUUGAAUUUUUAACCACUAUCCAAUUUUGUAAGUUAUGAACCAGCAGAAUCAAGUUAUAGUUUAGUUAAUGGAUGUAUACUGAUGAACUUUUUAACAAGGUCUAGGUAGGCUUCUGAUCAUAUGUUUCUGUUGGACAAAUAUUUCUGUAUUUUAGCUGUUAUAGAACUAUUUUGUUAAGCCUUAUGAAAUAUAUAUUUUAUUAUAAAGAUGUAAUGUCAUUUAUAUCUCAAUUAACUGGUUAACUGUACUAAAGGUUUUGCUAUAAUAAAUUUAAUAAUAAA